CUGCGAGUGGUGUGAUCACUCUUGACUCAACUGCUAAUAGCAGUAUGGAAGAAGUUCAAUUAAUCACUCAAGCAGAUUCCUCAAGCAUAGAAACUGAUGUGCCGGACAAAAACAGUGAUGCUGUUGCAUCUGCGAGUGGUGUGAUCACUCUUGACUCAACUGCUAAUAGCAGUAUGGAGGAAGUUCAGUUUGUCACACAAGCAGGUUCUUCUGGUAUAAAUGAGAGCAUGCACGACACGCCCACAAGAGGCGACACAUCCUCAAACAGCAUCAUCACCCUUGACACAACUGCAAAUAGUAGUGUGGAAGACAUCCAAGAGAUUACACAAGCAGAUUCCUCGGGCAUGAAAGAGGACAUGCAGAACACAGGCAAAGGUGUUAGUGCAUCCUCAAGUAGCAUGUUUACACUGGACUCAACUGUUGACAGUAGUGUUGAGGAAAUUCAAGGGGUAACACAAGUAGAUUCCUCAAGCAGAAAAGGGGACUUGCAGGACACCAAUAAUGAUGUUGCGAUGUCACCAAAUGGCAUGUUUACUAUUGACGCAACCGCAGAUGACAUUAUGGAAGACAUUAAAGAGGAAGAGGUUAAUAUGCCAGAAGGUAUAAGUCUUGACAUUGAGGGUGAGGAAGACGAGUGCUCAGUAGGACCUGUGUCCAGGCUAGAUAUUGUUCCUUCUUAUGAUGCUAGUUUUACUGGAAUCCUCACAGACGUUGAAUAUAACAUGGAAACCGGGAAGAAAAUCAAUGACGCUUUGCCUAAGAUGUGCUGUUUCAAUUGCCUGGGAGACCACAAUGUCAGUGAUUGUCCGAAGCCCCAAGAUAUGCAGAGGAUCGCUGCCAACAGAAAGAAGCACAACGUCACGAGAGUGCCAAAUGUGAGGUAUCAUGAAGAUGGGGAAAAUAAGUACGGACACUUCCAGCCAGGAAAGUUUAGUGAAAACCUUCGAUAUGCCUUGGGGCUGCGGCCAAACCAGCUCCCCAUUUUUAUAUACCGCAUGCGGGUGCUCGGCUAUCCCCCAGGCUGGCUAAGGGAUGCCGAGGUCCAUCAGGCAGACAUGAAGUUAUAUGAUGCCUCAGGGAAGUCUGUAACACACCCAGACUUAGAAGAUGGAGAGACAGACCCAGUUCUUGUCAAAUACAAACCAGAGAAACUAGUUAGCUUUCCAGGCUUUAAUGAUCCUAUGCCUCAUAGAACCAGAGAGGAGGGACACCUCUACAACUGCCCACCCAUGCAGCCUUAUCACCAGCGCCCAGAGUUUCUGAAGUACAUGAACAUGAAUAGAGCCCAGGCUUACAAGAAGAAGAAACUCAAAUCUAGCAGCUUAAAAGGUGGUAAUACAAAUGAGGCUGAUGUUGCACUUGCAGCAGAAAUGGAAGUGGAUGACUCGGAGUUGAAUAGGUCCGCACACAUAGAGUUCAACCCCCCACUUCCCAGUGAGCCUCUGCCACCACCACCUCCAGAUGACCUUCCUGAACCUCCUCCUCCUCCGCCUCCAGAGGAAAAGGAUAUGGAAGAAGGUGAAAUUAGUGAAGAUUCACAAGCUUCCUUGGGUGAUCUGGAGGAGAAGAGACUCAAGAUCCUAAGAGAACUUGAGGAUGCUGCAUCACAAGGUGCGACAGACGAACAAAAAACGAAGAAGGAAGACCGUCGCACACCAGCGAAAGACAGCAGCAGCAAAAAACACGUCAGGAUUGAAGUGGCUGAAACUUCCGAGGAAAGUAGGACACCCAAUAAGGUGUCCAGUGACCCGAGCGAGUCUGAGAAUUCCGUGAGCAGCGACACGUUGGAGAGCGCCAGCAAGAAAUUGAAACAGCAUCACCGGUCACAUUCAAAGGGCUUUAAACUAGGUGCUGCCAUUCCUGAUUCUUGUACGCCCUUCAAAACGCUUCCAACUGCAGAUUUAUGGAAAGUUGAUGUCAGUGAUCACAUAAACUUUGACAACUUGCCUGACGCUCUCGGAACCUGGGAGAAAAUGAAGGGCCUCAUGAGCACUGUCAGGAAAAGGGUAAGGGAGUUGCAAGCCGAUGAAGAUGAGUGACAGAUUUUUUUUUAGAGUAUGAUGAAUUCCUGGGGGAAAAAUAUAAAUAUGUGAUUUCCAUUUAUAGUGGUAAAUUUAUUUUGUGCUGUUUCACACUUGAAGAAAAGGGGAUUGUGGUUUCGCAGAAAAAAGUGUAAAUGAAUGUAACAACCAAAAUCUGUAGCUUCUUGCAAGCUAGCAUGUUAAGUCAACACAUAGAACUGUCCAAUUGAUAUUUUACAAUUUUUAAAAAUAAAAUCCUGUUUUCUUCA